UAAUUUUAGAUUUAUAUGAACAAUAUGAGCAUUCGCCCCAAGAGAAGAGCUGCACGUCAGCAGAACUACAAUGAAGAUGAUUUGUACCUAGAACAAGAAUUUAUCGAGCCCCCACCAGCUAAGCCUCAACAAAUGAGUCACCACACCUUUAUGGAACCAAAGAGCAGGAUUCCUCAGCAUAAAGUCCCACAGGUUAUAUUAAAGAAAGAAAUUGUAAAACCCCCAACUGAAGAAUUUAGCUUGAAAUCUUUUCUCUCUGCUAAAAUUCCUUCCAAAAGGGUCAAGACUAGACUUUGUGGCUCUAAGCGGUCAAGCAUUGUUGAUGCUGAAAGUUACACUAGGAUCUUAUCCAGUAAGAGAAGAGAUACCCAAAAUAAAAGGAAGAGAAAAGAAGAUCUCAAGAACAUUGGGCAGAAACUAGAAAGAGAGAGGCAUUUCUCUCAGUACAUUUCACCUGAUUUUUGUGCUCCAAAUUCCAGCCAGUCUCUCCUAGAUUCUAGCUUUGCUAGUAUGAAAUAUCAAUCACAUCCAGACCAAAACUAUGAAAGGGCUAAUUCUACUAGAGUAGCUAAAGAUCCAGUAAAUACAGUGAAAAGGACUAGAGAAGAAAAUUCUAAAGGUGCUGAUGAGACUGAGCUCAAGAGCACAGUAGUCAGUCUCUAUGACAGACCCCAGAACAAGAGUCCAGAAAGAAACAGACUCGGAAUCGAGCCUGAAUUAAUAGCUCCAGGGUCACAAAACAUUGAAUCUCCUGGUUCAAUGGAAAUUAAUGAUUCCUCGAAUAAUUCAAAUGAUCAAGAUGAUGAGUGUCUAAUUGACCAACUUUGGAAAAAGACAGAGCGUGAAUACGAGGAAAUGAUUGGAGACAGUUUCCAAGACUUUUAAACGAAAAUUCUUUCUGAAGAUCCUAUUGCUAACCUUAAUUAAUCAAAUACAAUCUA